AACGGAGGCGGCAGCGCUAGCUUGUAGUUCGGCGGUUGCUGCCGAGCGUUUUUUGAACUUGAGUGCCGAGGAUUGCAGACCAGAGCGGGCCCAGCCUUGUCGCCUUGUCACGAUGACCACUGUGGCGAAGACCGUGGACAGCGUGCAGUCCCUAACUGUGCCCAGCGGCGGCCCGCCCGCAGAUACAAAAACGCUAGCUACUUCUAAGAGCCUGUUACCUGUUAAAUUAAAAAAAGUCAUCACUUCCAGAAAUCUUCAUUCCAGCAGUGAGACUACGAAAAUCAUCAAAGCAAAACAGGAGAAUGGGCAGAUGCAAGUUGCCGAAUCCUGCAGUAAGAGGAACUUCAGAAAGAGCUGCAAGCCGUUGAGGGAACAAAAAUCAGAGGAAGAGCUAAAAGAUAAGAAUCAGCUUUUAGAGACUGCCAACAAGCAGUUGCACCAGAAGUUGAUUAAAACUCAGGGAGAGCUGAAGGACCUGACCCAGAAAGUGGAGCUGCUGGAGAAGUUUCGGGACAAUUGUUUAGCAGUUUUAGAGAGCAAAGGCCUCAAUCCAGGCAGCGACACUGUGGCAUCGCAGCAGGAACCCUCUACAAAUCAUGAGGACUCUGUGUUGCUGUUAGAAUCUUUGCAAGAUGAGUUGGAGCUAUUUAAUGAAACUGCCAAGAAACAAUUGGAAGAGUUACAGGCCUUAAAAGUAAAGUUGAAGAUAAAAGAAGAAGAAAGAACCCAAUUCCUAGAACAGCAGAACUUAUAUAAGCAUCAAGUUACUGAUUUUACAAAAGUCCUGGAGGAAAUAGACCAGCUAUUAGAAAUGUAAUAAAAAGAAAUUGGCCAGAUGGCUCCUUCUUGGGGAUGAACUCCCAGAGGAAGCCACUUAGGACAUGUGCUGAGCCACGGUCUUCCAGGACUGCAUAUCCCCAGAGUGAAACAGUUUGUGCAGACAGAUUAGGGCAGUUUAUUGCUGGAACAGCAGUUCCUCCUUUAAGCAGGUUUCUUCAUCUUUGGAUUGGUCCACUCUGCUGAGCCUCACAGUGGAUAACGGAGGCUUCAAGAGGGAGGCCUGAGAGGUGGACUCCGAGGCUACGACAGCACGGAUCAGGAGACUGAAGCCAGGCACAGUGGCGCACAUCUGUGAUCCUGCGCUGAGGAGGCUGAGGCAAGCAGAGGAUCACUGGAGCCAAGGAGUUCAGGAUGAGCCUUGCAACACAGCAGGAUGCCAGCGGAACAAACAAACCAAUCAGGAAGCUAAACCAGCCACAUGGAAGGACCUAGGCAGUCACGUUGAGAUUUUUGAAAACCCUUGGUUACAACUGGAACACCUUCAUUCCAGUGGGAGGUGACACUGAGAAGUCCUGCUGUCCACUUCUUACUUGCAGUGCGUUGUAUCUCUCCGUGGUUGGGCUCUGUACUUUAUUGUGCGUUUAUGAACUUGAAGUUGCUUGAAGGAUUUUUGG